AUGGCCGAACACAACCCGGAGCUGCAGUCCCGACUGCAGCAGCUAGACCGGGAACUGCAAGAGGGUGACAUCACUCAAAAAGGAUACGAAAAGAGACGGACCAUGAUACUUUCGCAGUAUAUCGAUCCGGUAGAGCUGGCUCAGCGCGGCUAUCAGCUGCAGGAUGCGCAUGACCCGACCAGUCAGGAGUUUGCUGGUACAUCCUCGCACAGCAGAGUUGUCAGCCAUGGCAGCAUACCAAGCAUCUCGGAGCCGCUCAUGACCACUGAUCCUGCUUACGGAUACGGCGGCGGAGCGCCUGGAGGGAUCGGAGCGCCUGGAUUUGGCGUGGAGCCGCCUAGUCAAGUCCACCGAUUCCAAGAGCAACAACUAGGGAUGCAUGUGCCAGCAUUACAUCAGAGGCCGUCUAAUGGAGGCCUGCGGCCGAUCACUCCGGAGGGUCCCAAUAGACCGGGCAGCCGCGGCAGUCAAUUCAGUUCAGGUCACUACAGCACUGGGCAGUACAGCUCCGGGCACGGCACGAUGGUCAAUUCGGAUUACGCUUUCAACCCUGACAAGCAACCUGUGGAUCCGAGUUGGGGAGCGGACACACGACGAGCCAGUACGAUGCUCGAUGCGCACGGGCAGAGCUAUUUCUCCGAUUUCACAGGCCAGCAACUCGACGAGGUCCGCACCCGUGAGAGUUACGGUGGACCGCAGAGGUACAGCACUGGCGAAGCGCUCUCACCCACAGCCAACAUGCCGCCGCCAUCCAUGCGAGACGACAUCCCCAAUUCCGCUGUCCACCAGCUGCCGUUAGAACCCCGCGAUGUUCCUUUCGCCGUCUAUGAUCCACACAACGCCAACUCGCCCAUGUCAAAGUUUGACAACAUUGGCGCAGUGCUCCGGCACCGCGGUAAGAUGCAGGGGCGUCAGCCGGCGUACUGGGUGCUUGAUUCCAAGGGUAAGGAGACGGCGUCCAUCACUUGGGAGAAAUUAGCAUCGAGGGCAGAGAAGGUUGCUCAAGUCAUUCGAGACAAGUCCAACCUCUACCGCGGCGAUCGUGUCGCUCUGGUGUAUCGCGAAACGGAAGUCAUUGAAUUCGCGAUUGCUCUGAUGGGUUGUUUCAUCGCGGGCGUUGUCGCUGUUCCAAUCAAUAAUACCGAAGACUACACAAAAUUAUCGCUCCUACUUACCACAACACAGGCGCAUCUAGCAUUGACGACGGAUAACAAUCUUAAAGCAUUCUCGCGGGACAUCUCGAGUCAGAAAUUAAAGUGGCCAACUGGUGUCGAGUGGUGGAAGACGAACGAGUUCGGAUCGUAUCAUCCUAAGAAGAAGGACGAACCUGCUCCCCUUCAAGUCCCGGAGGUCGCUUACAUCGAAUUCUCUCGGGCGCCGACAGGUGACCAUCGCGGCGUGGUGUUAUCACAUCGUACCAUCAUGCAUCAGAUGGCAUGUUUAUCCGCCAUUCUGUCUACGAUCCCCGCCACGGAAAGCACCGACACGUUCUCAUCCACAUUGCGCUCCGCCGACGGCACGCUCGUUGCACCACGAACUGGACGCUACGAGACUAUCAUCUCUUAUUUAGAUCCUCGGCAGAGCUGUGGUCUUAUUCUUGGCGUGCUUCUUGGAGUUUACGGAGGUCACACAACCGUAUGGUUCGAAAGCAAGACUGUAGACACACCCGGUAUUUACGCAAACUUGAUCUCGAGAUAUCGCGCCACAGUCAUGGUCGCCGAUUAUCCAGGCCUCAAGCGCGCUGCUUACAACUACCAGCAAGAUCCUAUGGCAACGCGGAACUUCAAAAAGAACAUGGAGCCCAAUUUCUCCUCGGUCAAGAUCUGUCUGAUUGAUUGUUUGACGGUGGACACUGAGUUCCACGAAAUUUUAGCAGAUCGAUGGUUGAGACCCAUGCGCAACCCUCGCGCAAGGGAAUUAGUGGCACCCAUGCUGGCCCUUCCCGAGCACGGCGGCAUGAUCAUUUCCGUGCGUGACUGGCUAGGCGGAGAGGAACGGAUGGGCUGUGAUCUUAACAUCGAAGAAGCCGAUGAAGAUAGCGACGAUGCCGAGCCGAGUAGUCCUACUGGUACAGCUAACGGAUUUACUAGCCUUCUUGACGGAACCAACAGCGAGAAGAAGAAGAUAAGAAAGCGCGAGCGGCCGGAACUCAGCGAAGUACUCCUGGAUAAGGAGAGUCUGAAGACCAACGAGGUCAUCGUUCUGGCGAUGGGCGAUGAAGCUCGGAAACGCGCCAAUGAGCCUGGUACCGUUCGGGUUGGCGCUUUCGGCUACCCAAUUCCCGAUGCGACCGUUGCCUUGGUCGAUCCCGACACAAACCUGCUCUGUGCGCCGUACACCAUCGGUGAGGUCUGGGUCGACUCGCCUUCUCUUUCAGGUGGCUUCUGGGCUUUACCACGUCAUACCGAGACCAUUUUCCACGCCCGCCCCUACCGAUUCGUUGAAGGCAGUCCGACGCCGGUUCUCGUCGAACCAGAAUUCCUGCGUACCGGCUUGUUGGGAUGUAUCAUUGCCGGAAAGAUCUUCAUCCUUGGAUUGUACGAAGACCGGAUCAGGCAGCGCGUCGAAUGGGUUGAACAUGGUGCACGCGAAGUCGAACAUCGAUAUUUCUUCGUACAGCACCUCGUCAGCAGUGUCAUGAAACGCGUGCCGAAGAUCUACGAUUGUUCGGCUUUCGAUGCCAAUGUCAAUAACGAAUAUCUCCCGAUCGUCCUAAUUGAAACGCAAGCGGCAAGUACAGCACCCACAACGACAGGUGGCCCACCUCGCCAGUUGGAUAUACCGUUCUUGGACUCACUGUGCGAGCGUGUCAUGGAGGUACUCUACCAGGAACACCAUCUGCGGGUUUACUGUGUGAUGAUGACUGCGCCCAACACGCUUCCUCGAAUUAUCAAGAACGGCCGCCGGGAUAUUGGGAACAUGCUGUGCCGAACGGAAUUCGAUAAUGGCAACCUGCCAUGUGUUCAUGUCAAAUUUGGCAUCGAGAGGGCCGUCCAAAAUCUACCUCUUGGUGAUGAUCCGGCAGGAGGCGUAUGGUCUCCUCUCGCAAGCCAGAUUCGACACGAGAUGCUAGCAAUGCAUUCCGACAAGCAAUACUCAGGCGUUGACCAUCGUGAAGUUGUCAUCGACGACAGAACGAGUACGCCUUUGAACCAAUUCAGUAACAUUCACGAUCUGAUGCAAUGGCGUGUCUCACGCCAAUCCGAGGAGCUCUCCUUCUGCACUAUCGACGGCAGAGGACGAGAGGGAAAGGGCGUCAACUGGAAGAAGUUCGACCUUAAGGUUGCGGCCGUUGCUAGUUACCUUAAGAAUAAGGUCAAGAUUCAGGCGGGCGAUCACCUGAUGCUGAUGUACACUCACUCGGAAGAGUUCGUGUAUGCUGUGCAUGCAUGUAUCUGUUUGGGUGCUGUUGCCAUUCCUAUGGCUCCUAUCGAUUCCAACCGACUAGGAGAGGAUGCCCCAGCGAUCCUCCACCUGAUCGCCGAUUUCCGCAUAAAAGCCAUCCUGGUCAACUCAGACGUCGACGCUCUCCUCAAAGCCAAGACCAUCUCUCAGCAUCUCAAACAGUCUGCGCUUGUCCUCAAGCUCGCUCUUCCGCCAAUCUACAACACUAGCAAGCCACCGAAACAAUCUCACGGUUGCCGAGAGCUCGGCUUAACUAUCCGGCCGGCAUGGAUCGGUCAGGGUUACCCAGUAAUUAUUUGGAUCUACUGGACGCCAGACCAGCGAAGAAUCGCUGUACAGCUUGGCCAUAGCGAGCUCAUGGCGCUGUGCAAAGUUCAGAAAGAGACUUGUCAAAUGACAUCGACACGACCUAUUCUCGGCUGUGUGCGAAGUACUGUCGGAUUGGGUUUCCUGCACACCUGCAUGAUGGGCAUCUUCCUCGCGGCUCCUACCUACCUCGUCUCACCCGUAGACUUUGCAGGCAACCCCAACAUUCUGUUGACGACCAUCAUGCGAUACAAGAUCAAAGACACAUAUGCGACAAGUCAGAUGUUGGACCACGCCAUCGCUAAUGCAGCUGGCAAAGGUGUGACGCUGCACGAUCUGAAGAAUCUGAUGAUUGCUACCGACCAGCGACCGAGAGCAGAUGUCUAUUCGCGCGUCCGUCAGGCGUUUGCUCCUUCCGCGCUCGAUCGCACGGCUAUCAACACAAUCUACAGCCACGUCCUGAAUCCCAUGAUCGCGAGUCGGAGCUACAUGUGUAUCGAGCCAAUCGAACUCUACCUCGACCCAGCCUCACUCCGCCGCGGCCUCAUCGUUCCCGUCGACCCCGAUCAGGAUCCAUUCGCAUUGCUUGUGCAAGACUCCGGCAUGGUGCCUGUCAGCACACAGAUCAGCAUCGUGAACCCAGAGACCAACCGACUCUGUCACGUUGGUGAAUACGGUGAGAUUUGGGUGCAGUCUGAAGCCAAUGCAUACGCCUUUUAUGGCUCCAAAGACGUCUUCGACGCCGAACGCUUCAAUGGCCACACCGUCGACGGCGAUCCUGGGGUACGCUAUGUCCGUACUGGAGACCUUGGUUUCUUGCACAAUGUCUCCCGGCCUAUCGGACCCGGAGGCAACAUGGUUGAGAUGCAGGUGCUCUUCGUGCUCGGUUCUAUUGGUGAGACUUUUGAAGUUAAUGGUUUGCAACACUUCCCAAUGGACGUCGAGGCGAGCGUGGAGAAGUGCCAUCGUGCACUUGUCAAAGGCGGCUGCGCCAUAUUCCAAGCAGGUUCGCUGUUGGUCCUCGUCGCCGAAGUACGAACCCGAGCGUUCUUGGCCUCGCUGGUGCCAGUCAUCGUCAAUGCUGCCCUGAAUGAGCACCAGAUCGUGCUGGAUAUCGUAGCGUUCGUCGCUAUGGGAGACUUCCCUCGCUCCCGACUUGGCGAGAAGCAACGCGGUAAAGUCCUUGCGAGUUGGGUCAGCCGCAAGAUGCGGACGCUUGCCCAAUUCAGCAUCCGCGAUGCCGAUGCUGAAGGCAGCGUUGGGACUAUCGUCAAUGGCGAGUAUGGAAGUGGCACUCGUCCUGGAAGCAUGCAGAGCAACGCUAUGAGUAUUCGCAAGGGCUCAAGUUCACUGCGGCACGUGGAGAGUGUCACUAAUAUUCCCUCGAUUGAGCCACCGCUCAUUGAGGGGGAACAAUUGAUGCUGCAGCGAGAAGAUGCUUACAAUCCAGCUCAUCACGAUCCUUACGUAUACGACAACGACAGAGUCCCGCAACACCUUAUCGAUGAUGCUCGUGCUCUGGACAAUAACACCCCAACCAACAACUUCCGUCAGCAACCCCAUCUGAAUACUACGCUAGACUAUUCUCCCGUCGAACCAUACGGACGAGAUGACUUCAGUGCACGCGGAGACCCCUCCAACAACGACUACUCCCAUCCCCGCUCUAGCUGGGAUGCGCCGCUUCACGGUGAUAGCCCAUCAUCUCAACGUCGCAUCGGCUCGAUCUCAUCACAACAACAGCAGCCACUCCACCUUCACCAACAAUAUGAUCACCACAGUCCGCAGGACUUACACCCGCAGCACCUGCAAUAUGACCAACGAUCCGUGUCGCCAGUUUCCCCGAUUGAGCCAGCGCCGCUGGCGCCAAGAGGUGGUGGUCUGAGGGUUGCCAAUCACUCGAGUGAAGUUGAGAGCGAUUGGGCCCAGGAGGCACUACAAACAUUGAAUUUGAAGGCCAAGUGA